UAGCGUUUUUUUUUUCUGUUUUUUUGUUUUGCUGGGUUUUGCUAUCUGCCUGGAGAUUUGAGGCGUUUGAGGUCUUUGUGGGCAGCUUUGAUCAACCACGUCAUUUGCAGCUGGACGAGUGGGACCACAGAGCAGACAUGGCUAGCUGCCUUCGAGUUGUCGACCUUCUACGAACAGUCUCAAGAGCAUCCUGCCGCUGCCCUGCCCAUGCCACAGCGACAGCCUUGCAAGGGAUUCGGGACACCCACCACGACCAGCAUGGCGACCUCCCGGAGACCGACUACGCCUUCGAGAUGGCGUGCUCAAACAUCCGGUAUGGCCCCGGAGUCACCAGGGAGGUCGGGAUGGACAUGCACAACCUGGGUGCCACCAAAGUCUGCCUCAUGGCCGACCCCAACUUGGUGAACCUGCCGCCCGUCAAGGCCACCCUCGACUCCCUGCACAAGCACGGCGUCCAGUUCAGCAUGUUCAGCGACAUAUCCAUAGAGCCCACGGAUGCAAGCUUCCAGAGGGCGAUUGACUUUGCGAGGGCGGGAGACUUUGAUGCCUUCCUGGCGGUGGGAGGGGGCUCCACCAUGGACACCUGCAAGGUGGCCAACCUGUACUCCUGCAACAGGGAGCGGGAGUUCCUGGACUUUGUGAACGCCCCCAUCGGGAACGGCAUGCCCAUCCCGUCCAACCUCAAGCCCCUGGUGGCAGUGCCCACUACGGCCGGCACAGGCAGCGAGACGACGGGGGUGGCCAUCUUCGACUACCUGCCGUUGCGGGCCAAGACGGGCAUCGCCCACAGGGCCCUCCGGCCCACCCUGGGCAUCGUGGACCCCCUGCACAGCCUGCACAUGCCCGAGAGGGUGGCCGCCUACAGCGGCUUUGACGUGCUCUGCCAUGCCCUGGAGUCGUACACGGCGAUCCCCUACAACCGGCGCUCCCCGUGCCCAGCCAACCCGAUCCAACGACCCGCCUACCAGGGGAGCAACCCCAUCAGCGAUGUGUGGUCCCUCUACGCGCUCCGCAUCAUCCGCAAGUACUUCAAGAGGGCGGUCUUCGACCGGGGGGACGUGGAGGCCAGGUCCCAGAUGCACCUGGCCAGUGUCUACGCCGGAAUCGGGUUUGGCAACGCGGGAGUUCACCUCUGCCAUGGAAUGUCCUAUCCGAUUGCGGGGCAGGUGAAAGACUUCUAUGCAAAGGACUAUCCAACGGACCAUCCGAUCAUUCCGCACGGACUGUCGGUGGUGAUGACGUCGCCGGCCGUAUUCAGCUUCACGUCCCGGAUGUGUCCUGAACGUCACGUCGAAGCUGUCGAAGCGUUGGGCGGCGACACGAGCAACUUGAAGGAGGCAGACGCUGGCAGAGCAUUGUCGGAUCUCCUCCGCAAGUACAUGUCGGACCUCAAGGUGGACAACGGACUGUCUUCCCUGGGCUACAGCUCUGAAGACAUCCCUGCCCUGGUGAAAGGGACCCUUCCGCAGGAGAGAGUCACCAAGCUGUCCCCGCGCUCCCACACCGAGGAGGACCUGGCACAACUCUUCGAGGCUUCCAUGACGGUGUACUGAGAGCCGCCGACGCUUGAGGAGAAAUUAAAUGCCCUUGUUCAUUGUUACAAGCGGGUGUAGAUGAGAAAUUAUUGUUCCAAGCUGUAGAUCAAAAAUUAAGCCAGUGCAGUACAACUGCUAGCCUGGGGUCUUUUAACGUGCAUCACGCAGUAGUGGUACACGACCGCACGCCGGUAUGAUGCUCAUCCAGAUCGAAACGGGCAGGGAUGGAGAUUGGGUUCUGCAACGCGAUUUUUCGCUCUACGUGUUCUGAGCUGGUGUGUGCUAGCCCACUCGGCCACCGAUCCCCCCUCAUGGCCUCGCAAAGUAACGCAAGCGCCAUUUGGAACUUAGAGGAGGGAAAUUCUGCUCAGUUCUAAAAAUUUGGGAAUAAUAGGGGACUCCACAUUGAUAAAUACUAGCAAAAGGCCCUACAUUAUUUGUUUCGCAGAAAUUAUAAAAUAUUGUUUGUGUGAUGCUGCUUGGAGACUAUCAAAAACUGAAGCUUGGGUGUGCAUUUGUCCUGCACUGUGAAUGACAUGGCCAAUCAUGCAAAAGACAAACUUGCAGUGCACUGCUGGCACCACCUGUGGGCGUUUUGUGAGCAUGAAAACAAACAAAAGCAUAGCUAAAAUUUUACUGUGCCAACACUGCACUAGUUUGGAUCGGAUUGCCGUGGCUUAAACCUUCGCAUCAGACAGUCGGUGUAAGAAACAGGAUCUAGUUAUGUUGCCUUCUGUACUUGGCGACAACUUUUCUUGGCAAUGCAGUGGAGAAUACGGGCACGCGUUCCCUCUCUUAUUUUGAGUGCUGAAUAAAGCUCUGCGCUGGCUCUCCUCUCCACUGCACUGCCAAGAAAAGUUGUCGCCGAGUAUAGAGAUAAAUUUCUGCGGCUUCAAACUUUGCUGGCCCAUGUCGGAAACUUUUAGACGAAAAUAAAUUGUAGUCUUUGGCA